CCUCUCUCUAAUCAUUCUCUGUGUGCUGCAGAAAAUGUCCCAGAAUUAUAACCUCCUACUUCUCUGUUUUUCUGCUUUUCCUUUCUAAGUCAUUUAGAAAUGACUCACUUUGAAACACUUCCUGUGAAGUCAGAUAGUGGUCUAGAGCAUAAGGCUUAAUUUGUUGCCAGAAACAGAGAAGGAAAGAAGGAGAGAAAGCUCAGCAAAUUUUCUUGUCAUACUUCAUGACUUCAUGGUGGCUAAGUUUGGGGACCAGACAGGACUUGUGGGAACAUCCAGGUGCUGAAGCAUUCAGCUACUGUCUCAGCUUUUUGAAGUUUACCAAUGGAGUCUUUCUCUGCUGAGAUCAAUUCAACUGACCUACUCUUACAGCCAUGGAGUAAGCCCCCAGAAAUUCUCUCCAUGGUCAUUCUCGGCCUCACUUUUUUAUUGGGAUUGCCAGGCAAUGGGCUGGUGCUGUGGGUGGCUGGCCUGAAGAUGAAACGGACAGUGAACACAGUUUGGUUCCUCCACCUCACCCUGGCGGACCUUCUCUGCUGCCUCUCCUUGCCCUUCUCACUGGCUCACUUGGCUCUCCAGGGAAAGUGGCCAUACGGCAGCUUCCUAUGCAAGCUCAUCCCCUCCAUCAUUGUCCUCAACAUGUUUGCCAGUGUCUUCCUGCUUACUGCCAUUAGCCUGGACCGCUGUCUUGUAGUACUCAAGCCAAUCUGGUGUCAGAAUCAUCGCAGUGUAGGGACAGCCUUCACUAUCUGUGGAUGUAUCUGGAUGGUGGCUUUUGUGAUGUGCAUACCCAUGUUCAUGUACCGGGAAAUAUUCACUAUAGACAACCAUAAUACAUGUGGCUACAGAUUUGAUUCCUUUAACUCAUUUGAUUAUUCAGACUUCUAUGGAGAUCUACUAAAAAACAGGUCUUCUGAAAACAUGGUUCAGCUGCCUGAAGAAAUGGAUGAUAGGUUAGAUCCUUCCCCUUUCCAAACAAAUGAUCAUCCUUGGACAGUCACCAGUCUCCUCCAACCUCAAACAUUUCAAAGACCUUCUGCAGAUUCACUCCCUAGGGAUUCUGCUAGAUUAACUACUCAAAAUCCAUAUUCUAAUGUAUUUAAACCUGCUGAUGUGGUCUCACCUAAAAUCCACAGUGGGUUUCCCAUUGAAGAUCACAAAACUAGCCCACCAGAUAACUCUGAUGGUUUUCUCUCUACUCAUUUAGAGCUGUUCCCUAGGGCUUCUAGCAAUUCCUUAUAUGAGUCUGAGCUACCACAAGAUUUCCAGGAUUAUUACUAUUUAGGCCAAUUCACAUAUGACAAUCAAGGGCCAACACCCAUGGUGGCAAUAGUCAUCACCAGGCUAGUGGUGGGUUUCCUGCUGCCUUCUGUUAUCAUGGUCACCUGUUACAGCUUAAUCGUCUUCCGAAUGCAAAGGGGCCGCUUCGCCAAGUCUCAGGGCAAAACCUUUCGAGUGGCCGUGGUGGUGGUCACUGUCUUUCUUGUCUGCUGGGCUCCAUACCACAUUAUGGGAGUCCUGUUACUGUUUAUUCAACCAGAAACUCCCUUGGGGGGAGCUCUGAUGUCUUGGGACCAUGUGUCCAUUGCUCUAGCAUCUGCCAAUAGUUGCUUUAAUCCCUUCCUUUAUGCCCUCCUGGGGAAAGAUUUUAGGAAGAAAGCAAGGCAGUCCAUUCAGGGCAUUCUGGAGGCAGCCUUCAGUGAGGAGCUCACACAUUCUACCCACUGUUCCUUAAACAAUGUCGUUUCAGAAAGAAAUAGUAUUAGCACGACCGUGUGAAAAUAUGGAGCAGCCAGGAAGCAGGGGCUCUUAGGUGUGAAUAUUUCUAAAAGGAUGAAGAGAUAGGAUGAGCAGGGGACUUCAAAAACUGUCAAAGAAUCAAUCCAGUGGUUCUUAAAGGGUGGCCACAGACUAUUGGCAUCGGCAUCCCCUAGAAACCUGUUAGUAAUGCAAAUUCCCAAGCCCCACCCCAGACUUGCUGAAUUGGAAUCUCUGGGGGUUGGGGCCCAGCAAGUGCAUUUAACAAACCCUCUUGUUUCUCAUUAAUGCUAACUGUAAGAAUCAUUGUAAAAAUGAGUUCUAUUUCUAUCCCAAACUAAGCUAUGUAAAAUGAGAGAAUUUACUGUUUUUAAAUGUUUGAUGUUAACUGUUUAUUGAUGUUUCCAUCAUUAAAUUUUUCCUAAGCAUUGUCUAAGUCUUCCAGA